AUGAAAUCUUUCUUCCUCGUACCACCAUCAUCAGCAUCCUGGCUGCGCUCAUUGAUCGUCCUAUCCCUCCUUCUCUCCACGGCAUUUUCCAACGCUACAUGUGCUGCUGCUCCAGUAUCUCCUACCAAUGAACUCACACAAGAUUUUCAAAACAUUCCACUUAAUACCAAUGUCAAAGUCUGGAUCCUGCGUCAAGAUACCCCGCAAAAGGCGGAUCCGGAUAAAUGGUGGAUUUCGUUUGGCGAUCAACAACAUAUCGGCGUAACUUUCCGGGCUGUAGACUCUGGUCCGAGUCGACAGCUUGAGGAAUACACGGCAGAGAAACAUCGACUUGAUGGACCGUUGAGUUGGAUUUUGUUGGGAGAAGCAUAUUUUCCGAGUGGUAAUGUGAUGCAUGAUAUUCUAGGGAAAGGGUCUAUCGAUAGACUUUUAGCUGCAUCGCGAUCCCGGCAGGGAGGUCAUGGUGGUGGCGACUCUCCUAGUCUUAUGUUCAUUCAAGGGGUCUGGAAGUCGCUGGAGGAGAAGAAGGUUAUGAAGACAAUGACGGGGCAUUUCGACAAGAUAAUGGAAGGGGCGAAUCAUGUGGGCUCAAGUUCAAGUACCCACUUGGCAAGCAGUGACAAUGGAAUUGGGCCUCGGCCCCUCCUUCCGAAAUACACCAUACCAACCAACGCCGACGUGAAGGUUUGGCUCCUGCGUCAAGACCGUGACGAUCCACAGGGGGAACUUAAUCCCGAUGAUUGGUGGAUCUCUUUUGGUGAUUCCCUGUAUGCCGAAACCACUUUCCGGCGUGCUGCAGACGGGCAUGGUGUCGAGGAAUAUGCUACGCGGAAACAUGCCUCCAUCGGGGCGAAAACUUGGAUAUUACUGGGGGUAGCGCGAUUUCCCAGUCAUGAUGUGAUGCAGAAUAUCUUCGGGGAUGGGCCUAUGAAUGAACUCUUAGCUGCAUCAUGUUUACAGCAGGGAGGUGGCCCUAUUAGUCAUCCUAGUCUUAGGUUCAUCGAAGGAUUUUGGAAGAGGUUGGAGGAGAAGAAAGUUAUAGAGUCAUCAACGGGGAAUUUGGAUAAGAUCUUAAAAGGAGAAAAGUAUGAGAGUUCGUGGUCCAAAGUAUAG